AUGUUCGACUGCCUCCCGGUCGAGAUACUGUCCGUCAUUUGCGACUAUAUCGGAGACUCGCACCCCCCCAGCGUGUUGUCCCUCGCGCUCACGAACAAACACUGUUACUCUGUCGCCUGCGCCUUCCUCUAUCAGGCCAUCGCGAUCGAAGGCUGCCACCCCCAGCAGCUGGCCCUUGACGCGCAGAAAUGUGAGGAUUUGCUCCGCCGGGAUUCGGCAUUCUGCCAUGUCAGACGCUUCGCCGUGUAUGGACGAUGUGAGGAGCCUUGCCUGUGCGAUGAUUCCCUCGAGCGGAAACGGAUGCCCUUUCAGAAGCUUUUCUGGUCGCCCUACGACUAUAAUGACAAUGACGGCGAGAGUCCAAUUGUGUCUUUUAUGGACUCCCUUUCCUUCGACCACACAGCUGGCGAAGACAUCCAUCAACUCGACGCGUGUUGGGGGUCGGUAUGCCGUUUGGUCAGAUUGCUGCCUGCCCUGACAGACUUUAUAUUCGCCUUGUCCCACUUGAUGCCGCCUUGUCUCCUCGAGACGCUACACAACCAGUUUGCCGCGUCGUCUCCCAUACGGCUGCGGCUGCACAUCAUCGACUUUGGCCUCCCCAAUCUUGAGGACGGGAGAUCCGAUCCCCAGGAGUUAUCCCUCGCCUCGUCACCUCUGCUCCACCGUAUCUGGGCCCGCUAUUGUGACACGGACGGCUACGACCGAGAAAGCAGGCCAAGCUACGAUGCUGAAAUCGCCAUGGAGCUGGUGGAGGGCUUCGCACCGAACUUGAAAGACGUGCGUUUGUUCCACGACUGGGGCAACAGCCAUGGAGUCGAUUUACCACGGCCGGCUUGGAAGCGUUUCUCGAAAGCCGCCAUUACUUCUGGUUCUUUGCAAAAAUUGGACCUUGACGGCACGCGAUUGUAUUAUGAGUUCAGAGAAGUACCGAAAGAGGUCCUCCAGCGCUGGGAGACAAGCACCGACUUUUCUGUUCUUCAAACUUUGAAUCUUCGCCAAAGACUCGAUCUAGCCGGCCUUACUUUUCUGGCGGAGUGCUGCAGCUUUCCGAAUCUCACAUCGUUGACUCUCUAUUACGACCCGGGCGAGGGCCAGGCGGGCACCGAACCCCUGCACAAGUUUCUCUGCGCCCUGCCGAAUCUUCGCUCUCUCGCGUUGCUGGGUGAUUGCGCCCAAACAGUGCACGCCACCGCCUUCAACCCCGGCCUGAGAAGGCUACGCCUCCCUACCACAGCGGGAGCGUCGUACCACCGCCAGCUCCGCUCGAUUGUCGAACGCUGCGGCGCCGACGAGGUUGACUUAUACAGGACCGUUGGCAGGUUACCGCGCCUUCGGCACCUGGACCUCUCGCUGGACGCCAGCUCCCCUACCCCGGAGACACGGUACUUUGUGCCCCAGCACGCACACCCGCUCCGGGUGCGAGAAGUUCUCCACCUAGACUACGCAUCCCCCCUCAGCCCGAUCCACUACUCCCCGAACCGCCCCGUUUUCAACGCCCUCGUCGACAGCGCGGCCGACGAGAAGCUGGCCCUGGCCAUCUUCAAAGCCGUCUCCCAGGGCAAGAAAAACCCCGUAGGCGCCGCCAACACGGCCGCGGUGCCCCUCGAGAGCCUCGCCCUGCGUGGACAAUACGUAUCCCGCACGCUAGGGCCGUACAUACGGGUCAUGGCGCGCCCCUGGCGCGUCACUCGCGACCCUAGGGACGAUCGCCGCGACGUGCUGCACGCUGCACGCAUCGACCCGGACCCUGAGCCGGCGGGGCUUGCCCUCUGGGAAGGGGAAGGGGAAGGGGAAGGGGAAGGUUUGGAGCGCGACGUGCUGGCUGUCUUCCGGCAGCUCUGGCCCGAGAAGGCACCGGGCAGUAAUUGGUUCGAGGACUGGGAGAGCUGGCCGCUGGAGGGCGUGGACGACGAGUGA